AUGAGCUAUCAGGAUGAAUCUAGUUAUGUGGGAUCAUUCCCUAAGGACUUCAGCUAUGGACCUUUUGAACAAAACGGAGAAAAUGAUAACACUUCACUACAGGAAGAUCAUAAACCACGAAUUCUUCUCAUGGGAUUAAGAAGGUCGGGGAAAUCUUCCAUUCAAAAGGUUGUAUUCCAUAAAAUGUCACCAAAUGAAACAUUGUUCUUAGAGUCAACUAAUAAAAUAGUGAAAGAUGAUAUUAACAACAGCAGCUUUGUGCAAUUUCAAAUCUGGGAUUUUCCUGGACAAAUAGACUUUUUUGAUCCUACUUUUGAUUCUGACACUAUAUUUGGAGGAUGUGGUGCACUAGUUUUUGUAAUAGAUGCGCAGGAUGACUAUCAAGAUGCACUGGAUAAACUACAACUUACAGUUACAAAGGCAUACAGAGUAAAUAGCAAUAUAAAAUUUGAAGUGUUCAUCCAUAAAGUAGAUGGUCUAAAUGAUGAUUAUAAAAUGGAAUCUCAAAGAGACAUUCAUCAUAGAGCAAAUGAAGACUUGGUAGAAGCAGGCUUAGAACAUGUUCAUUUAUCAUUUCACCUAACCUCUAUUUAUGAUCAUUCUAUAUUUGAAGCGUUCAGUAAAGUUGUACAAAAGUUAAUUCCGCAACUGCCUACCUUAGAAAAUCUUCUCAAUAUACUAAUCUCUAAUUCCGGAAUUGAAAAAGCAUUCCUGUUUGAUGUAGUUUCCAAAAUAUACAUAGCAACUGACAGCUCUCCUGUAGAUAUGCAAAGUUAUGAAUUAUGCUGUGAUAUGAUAGAUGUUGUCAUUGACAUAUCAUGUAUAUAUGGGAUGGUGGAUGAAACCGAAGUUAAUACAUUCAAUAGUCAAAGCUCAAGCCUUAUUAAGCUCAAUAAUGGUACAGUGCUUUAUUUACGUGAGGUCAAUAAAUUUCUUGCACUCGUUUGUAUUUUACGAGAAGAAAAUUUUCAAAAGCAGGGAGUGAUUGAUUAUAAUUUCUUGUGCUUCCGUGAUGCAAUCACCCAAGUUUUUGAGCUUCGCAAUAAAAGCCAAGGCGCAGCAGCAGCCGCUAGAGCCCGCGCGGACUCCGAGUUAUUGGCCAAUGGUGGGGGAGAUUCUGCAGAAAGUACAUCCGACCAUUCUCAAGUACAACUAGCAUAG